GGAAACCCUAAUCACGUGUUGAAAUUGAAAGCCAGGGCAGCAGCAGGGGCUGGCUGCAACGGCAUCGCGGAAUCUUCUUGCAAUUGAUUUCCUCUUCCAAUCUUGUCAUCCAAUGCUUCACUUUCUAGAUCCAUUAUUAAUCUAUCACUAGAGCGCUAAACCUUGUAUGGCGACAACCCACUUCAACUCACAGCGAGAACCUAACUUCUCAAUCUCAAACCCUAAUUGUUCACUGUCUCGAUCGAACGAUUACCUAUGGCCACUGACGCAACGCCCAAAUUUAAAAAACCCGACCUGUUGCCGGUCCCACAGCCUCCUGAUUUCCACCCAGAGAUAACCGUGGCUCCUUCUCACGACGGCCUGCACUUCUGGCAGUUCAUGAUCGCCGGUUCGAUCGCUGGCUCCGUGGAGCACCUGGCCAUGUUUCCGGUCGACACCAUCAAGACACGUAUGCAAGCCCUAGGGUCUUGUCCGAUCAAGUCCGCCGGCGUCCGCCAGGCCCUCGGCUCCAUCCUCAGAACAGAAGGGCCGGCCGGUCUGUACCGCGGCAUCGGCGCGAUGGGCCUGGGCGCCGGGCCGGCACACGCCGUGUACUUCUCAGUCUACGAGUUCUGCAAGAAGGCGUUUUCCGGCGGGAACCCGAACAACUCCGCUGCCCACGCGGUGUCGGGGGUGUGCGCUACUGUGGCGAGCGAUGCCGUGUUCACGCCGAUGGAUGUCGUAAAGCAGAGGCUGCAAUUGAGUGAUAGUCCGUACAAGGGAGUGUUGGAUUGUGUGACGAGGGUAUUGAGGGAAGAGGGAUUUAGGGCUUUUUACGCGUCUUAUAGAACUACGGUUUUGAUGAAUGCGCCGUUCACUGCUGUGCAUUUUGCGACGUAUGAGGCAACGAAGAGGGGCUUGAUGGAGAUUUCUCCGGAGAGCGCGAGUGAUGAGCGGUUGGUGGUUCAUGCUACUGCCGGAGCAGCUGCUGGGGCGCUGGGGGCUGCCAUUACAACGCCACUUGACGUAGUGAAGACUCAGCUGCAAUGUCAGGGCGUGUGUGGAUGUGACAGGUUUAUAAGUGGCUCAAUUAGUGAUGUUAUUCGAACUAUAGUGAAAAAAGACGGAUACAGUGGGCUGACGAGGGGUUGGAUGCCAAGAAUGCUCUUCCACGCUCCUGCUGCUGCAAUCUGCUGGUCUACGUACGAAGCUGGAAAAUCCUUCUUCCAAGAACUAAACACAGGCAGCAACAGCAACAGUACCACCUGAAUGACUACAAAGAAUCUUCAUUUUUUUUCCCGAUGUACAAUUGAGUACCUUUCUGUUGCGGACAAAGAAACGCUUUUUUGUAGGCGGGAGGGAUGACCGAACAACGUAGCAAAGCAUAUUCGAGGCAGCGGCUCCAGUUAAUGUAAUUGGUGUUAGAAGAAAAAUGUCAAUUUAGUUGGGGUAUAAUUUAUUUAUAAUAUAUAUACAUAUUGUAUAAAACUGGUGUCGGCUCCAAUAAUCUUAUCCCUAGAUGUAAGAGGUGGGUGUUCUGUGUUUCUGCUUUAUAGAUAUAUAGAUAUGUCUCUGGAUGGUAUUCCACAAAACCCCUCCUUUAAUGAACCCUUACACGAAGUCGUUGCGAGGGCUCGCAUGUCUAAUCUCAUCAAACUAUUUCCUGUUGAUUUGGUUAAA